AUGGAGAAAAGAAAUUCUAAGGCUUUUAGCAAAGAAGAGUAUGAACUUUGGGUAGAAACUAGGAAGCAGAAGAACAAAGAUUUCUUGCCAACUUACGAAGCUGUACAGACCCUUAUUCAAGAAGAGAGUACAACCAUUGAUAACUUCAAGCAGAUUCUUGAUGAGGUUGAACGAUUGCAUGAGUUGGCUGCUACUGCAACAGAACAGGUACUCGACGCCAAAGCUCUCUCGGAUUUUGUUAAUAAACUUUUAGUGUCGAUUAAAUCUUCCGGAAAUAAAGAAAUUAGUCCUGCUUCCUUUAUUACUGGUUUGCUUACAAAGUAUGGAGAUAAAAAUGGUUCAAAACCAUUCAACUGGAGUGCUCUUGGGGAGAAUGUGGUUGGUAUUUGUAAUAAUGUCUCUAGAUCUUGCUGCACUAUGGUUGGACCUAUGGAUGUUGAGAUGAAAACUAAGAAAGUGGUUUCAGCAAAACGUAAGAGAUCUGCUGCUGAUGUUGAGCACCCAGAAGAAUUGAAAAAUGCUGCAACAGAAGAGGACUCAGCAACAGACAAAAAUGUUGCUACAAUGUUCAACAUUAUGAAGAGCAGGAAGAAACCUGAAAAGGUUGAAAACCUUAUAAUGAAUAAAGAUUCUUAUGCACAAACAGGAGAAAAUCUGUUUGCUCUUUUCAUUUCUGGUGAAAGAUGGGAGAGCGGAAGUGAAAUUUGA